AUGGCCGUCGAGUACAGCCCGCGGACGCGGAGCGUCGCCGACGCCACACGCUUCACCUCUAACACGCUGCACGCCCACUCCAAAGCCCCGCUCGCAUCCCCCCAGUCGGCCGGUUCGCCCUCCUCCUCCUCUUCCUCCUCCCACCGAGCCUCCCCGAGCUCCGGGUCGUCCCCGAGCCGCGCCCCCGGCGCUCCUCGCCCGUCGUCGUCCACGGCCUCGUCGACAGCAUCCGAGACCAUAGAGGAGCGCGUGCGCCGCCUGAGAGCGGCGCACCUCGCUGCGCGGAGACACGACGUGUCGCGGUUCGACCGUCUCUUGAAUGCGUCGAGAAGGUACUUCGAUGCUGCCCACAAGUUCACUGUCGCAGGCUUGGUCGGGUUCAGCGGCCUCGCCGUCUUCGUUACCGUCUACGCCGCCGGCGACAUGAUGAUUUACAACCAUAAGCGACGAGCCGAGUUCUUCGCCCUGCAAAAACAGUACAAGGCCGACAGCCUCGAGGCCGCGCGCCUCGCCUACAUGACGGGCCGCGCCACCGAGGAGCAGAUCACCCUGGUGGAGGAAGCCGAGGCCAAGGCCCGCGAGGCGGGCCUGAGCCUGCCGCCGCUAUUAUCGGCACCGAGGCCUAUGGCCCCAGAGGCGGGAGCGGAGCUGCGCGCCGCGGAGGAGGACGCGAGGGAGAGCGAGGUCGAACCAUCGAAGAAAAAGGGGUUCGCCGCGUGGCUAUUUAGCGGUCUGAAGAAGGAAGAGACGGCCGAGGAGUCUCUCGGCUUCGCCAAGACGAUCGACGAGUCGCAGCAGGUACUGAAGGACAAGGCGAAGGAGGCAUUCGAACGGGAGCGCGAGAACCAGAGACAGGGGGGGGCGUUGGACCAGGUCGGCCUAGACGAGAAGUCGAGCGGCGGCGGCGAAACUAAGAAAACGGGAUGGUGGUGA